AUGCAACUGUAUUUAAAAGAAAGCGUUACUUCUACUAAUACUACUGAACAAACUAUUAUUGCUCCAACAAUUAGUCCAUUAGUACUGUUCAAUGUUUACCUUGGAGUCGGAAUACUAGCAUUUAUCUUCUAUAUUUUUAUCAUCAUUUAUGUAUCCACUCACAAAAGUCUACGUUCAGCACCAAAUAAUUAUUGUCUUCUUAUUCUGUUAAUUGUUGAAUUUCUUACAAGAAUAAUAGGCCUACCAUUCGAUCUUUAUUAUUAUCAUGAAGGCGUAGCACUUUUUGAGAAUGCUACCUUUUGCUUUAUAUGGCGGAUGAUCAAUUAUAGUGGUUAUGGGGCAGGUGUAAUGUUAAUAGCAUGGGCUUCAUUUGAAAGACAUAUUCUUAUUUUUCAUGAUCGUUUUCUUCGUUCAAAAUGGAAAAAUAUAUGUUUUCAUUAUGUACCACCUUUUAUUGUUAUGGUUUAUGUAAUUGGUUUCUAUAUUUAUGUAUUAUAUUUUCUCCCUUGCAGCAAGAUAUUGAAUUUUGAAAUUUUUGUUUGUGGUGAUGAUUGCAUUAGAAACUAUCCAGUUUUGAUAGCUUAUAGAAGAAUUGUUCAUCAAAUGGGUCCUCCAAUAUGUAUUGGAAUAUUUAGUGUUUCACUUUUGAUUCGUGUUCUUUAUUCGAAGAGACGUCUUCAACAAGCAUUUAGUUGGCGAAAGCAUAGUAAAAUGGCUUAUCAACUUCUCUCAAUAUCAUUUACCUGUCUUUCAGCUAUUUUCCCGUUUGGUUUACUCAUAUUUUUGAAUGAAGUUGGUGUACGUAACAUACCAAAGGCGAUAUCAGACUAUUUAUAUUUUUAUUCUACAUUAAUUCCUUUUUAUCUGCCUUUUGUAUAUGUGACGUCAAUACCAGAAUUGUGGACCAAAAUGAAACGGAAAUUUCGCUGUGCAGUUAUUCAAACAACGCCUGCGAGAAACAUUGCUGCUAGAGAACCGCAAAUGAGAUUUUGA